AUGACUUUAGCCUUUGCUAAUGCGGCUAUAGUGCUCUGCAAACGCGAAGGCCAAGAGGCUUUGCCUUCGCGAACGCGGCCAGAGGCCUAUCGAAAGCCUUGGGAAGUGAAUGAAGGCUCAUUCCAGACCAAAAUCGAUAUUACAGAGGUGACUGCAAAUGUUAGAAUUUUCAUCCGAUUGGAAUUUCAAGUUGGACUAGCAGUAGGCAUUUCUCCUUAUGAUGACCUUUGGGUUGCGCAUCAUAUUUUUGUAAAGAUUGCAGAAGCAACUGAUGUAAUUGUUUCUUUUGAUCUGAAACCUGUUGAGGGUGAAUGUAAUGUUACUGCUGCUCAUACAAAUUAUAGUACCAAGUCCAUGAGGUCUGAUGGAGGGCUAGAAGUAAUAAAGAAGGCCAUAGAGAAGCUUGCCAAGAGGCACAAGGAGCAUAUUGCUUCUUAUGGGGUUGGCAAUGAGCCUUGUCUUACAGGAGAGCAUGAAAUAACUGACAUUAACACCUUAAAUUUUGGAAUAGCAGAUUGUGGAACAUCCAUUAGGAUUAGAAGGGACACAGAAAAAGCAGGAAAAGGAUACUUGGAGGAUAGGAGGCCUUCUUCAAACAUGGAUCCAUAUGUGGUGACUACUAUGAUUGCAGAAACAACCAUCCUCUGGAAAUAA